GCCUCGCGGCCGGGGCGGGGCGGGCGGGGGACCUAGGCCACCACCUCGCGCCGCGCAGUGCCUUCCCGGAGCGCGUCCUCAUCGCUGAAUUGCUUGUCCGUGAGUGGCCCCAGGCCCGAGGGUGGAGCUGUGUGUGAAGCCUUUUGCCCCGCUUAGCAUCCAGUGCCUGAAUGGCUGAUGUCUUUCAGCCUGGAAGAAGAUGCCACAGGGCCGCUUCUUCCCCCAGAGGAAAUGGGAACUUUCCAGAGCAGCCGUGACCGCAGCAGCAAUGGCCCCAACUUGGGUGCCCGCCGUGGGCUUCACCCUGGUGCCCAGCCUGGGGGGCUUCCUGGGCUCGUACUACUACGUCCGCGGUGAGGGCCUCCGCUGGUACGCCAGCCUGCAGAAGCCCACGUGGCACCCGCCCCGCUGGGCCCUGGGCCCCAUCUGGGGCACCCUCUACUCGGCCAUGGGGUAUGGCUCCUACAUGGUCUGGAAAGAGCUGGGGGGCUUCUCCGAGGAGGCUGUGGUUCCCCUGGGUCUCUAUGCUGGGCAGCUGGCCUUGAACUGGGCAUGGCCUCCCCUCUUCUUUGGCAGCCGACAAAUGGGUUGGGCGCUGGUGGACCUCCUGCUGAUGGGUGGGCUGGCAGGAGCCACGGCUGUGGCCUGGCACAGGGUGAGCCCACCAGCCGCCCGCCUGCUCUACCCGUACCUGGCCUGGCUGGCCUUUGCAGCCACACUCAACUACUGUGUAUGGCGGGACAACCAAGGCUGGCGUGGUGGCCGUCGGCUCGCCGAAUGAAAGUGCCCCGUCCUCUGAGGACCGCAGCUGCUGCCGAUCAGAUGCUGCCCGGGUGGUGGCCCUUAUACUUCCAUGGCCUCCCGGCCUGCGGGUCUGUCUGGGUCUCAGCCCCGGGGGUCACCACCAGCUUCAGAAGUGCCCCAGGCCGAGCCUCUAUCCCAGAAACGGCGUCCUGCGCUUUCCGCACUGCCCCAAGCAUGCUCUCGGAACACGGAAAGUUAGAAGUGAAAUAAAGUUUUUAACCUC